UUGCUUUGUCCUACGCCAUUCCCUUGCCCCCUCUUCCCCCACACGCUCACACUCACGCACCCGCAAACCGAUUCAAUCAGUUCAUUCCUUCAUCCGUCCAUACUUAUCCCUCCCCUCCCCUCCCCGAACAUCCCAAACAAACCCAUCCUAAAACAACAUUGUAACUCAAGACGGCCCGCCAGAGAGCACGUUUCCUGCAAGAACAGACGAACAGACAAAGUACGAGGGAGACAGAUAAAUACAAGCCAAAGCAUCCAUGAUACGGGACAGAUCAUACUCGUACAUAGACAGAUUACGAAUACCGCGACUACUAGUGACCCGAUCUCACAAGUAUACUGAUCGCGACCAUGCCGGUCUCGCUGACGGUACCGCCGAAGCCGAAGAGCAUCUCCCACGCUUCUUUGCUAAGUCUGGCCAUGCCGGCGAGAACCCAAGCAAGACGAAGAAGGACGGCGGCGGCAAGGGAAACUGGGGCCAUCCAGGAGACGAGAUUGAAGACUACCAAUACAACAUGAACAAUCCGCGUCGCCGGAGCAACUCGAGCACACACCAAAUUAAGGACUUCAAGACCAAGUUCGAGACCAUUGAGCCCGAACCUGUCUUCGAAGAGGAGCUCCACGGGCCAAUGGGCGCCGACCUUGACAAGCAAAGCACCGCCUCCACGGACAAGAGCGUCGAGGAGGAGGACGCCUCCAAGAAGUCGUCGUAGAUGCCACCCUUUCUUCACCUUUCUCUCCCACCACAACUCUCCUCAUGGCUCUUUCUUCGAUGCACUUCGUCAUCAUAUUCUCUGAACGGGGGACAUGGUGAGCGAGGGAGAUCAGG